AUGGCUGAUGAAAACGACGAAAACGAGAGCGAAGGAAGCCAGGAAGAGACGGGCAAAGUGCCCAAAGGAGAAGAGGCGGAGGAGAGGAAACCGAGCGGCGAGCCAAUCCCAAAGUCGAAGUGGAAAGGCUACAUCUACGUACCUAUCAAGGAAGAGACCGAGGAGACCGAACAGCAGCUGCCAAAGGCAGACGAGAUGACUGGACGCACUACUCAAGUUGACAACGAAAUCGACGAGAUUGGUUCGAUCCCACGGAAGUUAAUGGAGGCCUUCGCCGAAGGAAGGCACCGUCCCCUCACUUUCCUCACAGACGAGUUCUUGAAACGACAAGAUGCAUACAGAAUUAGCUACAGAAACGGGGUACUCGAACACCCGGUGUACGAGAAGAGUGACAAGUCGAUUCCACUCGACGAAGGGAUCGCAGCGAUCAAGCGGCACUACAGUCUGAUGAAGAGCAACUGGCCGGAUGUUGCCAAGUUCUGGAAGUCGUUCUGGAACAACUUAUAUCACAGUAAGGUGAUAUCGAAGAACGAAUGGCCCGUGCUCCGCGAACUAGCAAUCGAGACAAUCCAACGAUGCAUCCCAAACCCGAAGGCUGGCGCGAGACUUGUGCCAGAUCCAAACGACGAGAAGGCACUGAUGCGGGCAGAGAUGAGGGUAAACGUCGGAUAUGUCGACCGGCUUGACGCGCUGGAGAAUCGAGUCGAAAGGAGUGGGGCGAGUAUGGGAAGCUCGGCGAGCCUGUCAAAUGGGAAAACGGACGGCAGGAAGGAUGGAGGGCAGAGAGGAUCAGGAGAGGAAACAAAGGCGAGGGUGCAAGACGCCAAAUCGAUGGCGCAGACGUCAACGUCAAAAAGAAUGCCAAAGGGGACUGGACGCUUUUCGAUGGAACGUCCUUCUGCUGGUCAUUCAACAUGGCCAAAGGAUGUUCGGCGAGCCGUUGUGCAAAUGGAAAGCACGUAUGCACGGGAUGCCUAUCAGCCAGCCACAGUGCCCAAUCAUGCAAGCGCGGACAAAACUGACACGAAUGGAAGACAACCAGAGCCAGUGACCCCGCUACAGGCCAAGAAGUGGGAGGAAGCGCUUAAAUAUCUUGAUAUUUUGGAGGAGCAUGCGACGCUCAUAGAUGGACUUAAGAACGGCUUCAAUAUGCAGUGCCAGUUGGCAAUUGACGAAACACGAGUAUACCCACACCUGAGGUCAGCGGUCGAGCACCCCAAAGUGAUAGAAGAUCAUAUAGAAAAAGAGGUUGCAGCAAAUCGAUAUGACGGCCCACAUACACGCGAGGAAGUCGAGAAAAGGCUGGGCGCAUUUGUGGCAAACCCACUUGGAACGGUCGACAAGGCGAGUGGAAGGGGAAAACGCGUAAUUGAACACCUAUCAUUCGCCUACGAAGAUGAACAACAAUCAGUAAACGCACAAACGAAUAUCGAGAACCUCGGAACGAACUGGGGAGGACUGGCAGAGAUGAUAGAGCUCAUCGUGACCUCGCCAGAUGGAGCACAAGGUGCAACGAUAGACUGGGAAGCGGCGUUCAGAAACUGCCCUAUACGUCCAGAGGAUUGGAGAUACGGAGUAGUCGAAUGGAAUGGGAAAUUCUGGAUCGACAAGGCGGCAAAGUUUGGCGCAAAAUCAUCCGUUGGCAUAUUCGAACUACCGAACAGAGCGUUCGUAGAAAUCUGCACACGGAAAGAGCUCGGAACGAUCAUAUACUGGGUAGACGACCUGAUGAUCCGACGACUUCCAGUACGGAGAGACGGGGAGGAAUGGAUAUAUGGAAUGGGAAUAGCGAAAAUAUUGGAGCUUGGGGAGGAGCUGGGAAUCCCCUUUCCGCCGGACAAGGUGCGCGACUUCGCCAACAUCACGACGUACGUCGGCUUUGACUGGCAUUGGCAAGAACGUGCAGUCAGUGUCAGCGAGUCAAAGCGGAAGAAGAACCUAGCACUGGUACAGGAGGUGUUGGAAGAAGGAAGGAAGACGUCCGGGGAAAGGCUGCAGUCAUUAUGCGGGAAGCUGGCGCACCUAGGAAUGAUAAUUCCUGAAGGACGAACGCACACGAGAGCUUUAUGGGCGACGGUAGCGAAAAUGGGCCUACCGAACCAGCACUCAAAGUAUAUCAAGUGGAACAUGCCGGAGAAGGCGAAGUGCGACCUCAGAUGGUGGAAGGAAACGCUCGAGAAGCCGGAGAUAAAGAUUCAGCUAUGUACACAACGCGAACCAAACUGCAAGUACCGGAUCUACACAGACGCGUCGACGGGAUGGGGACUGGGCGUCGUGAUCGAUGAUGAAUACGACAAAUUCAGGUUGGAAAGUGACUGGAGAACGAGGGAGGGCGAUGGCGCAGAACGAGAGAUUGGAUGGGCAGAAUUUGCGGCGGUCGAGCUAGCAGUCGAGUUCAUACUGCAACGGCCAGAAGCGGAAAGGACGCACAUAGAGAUUUGCACAGAUAACCAGGGCGUAAUUGGCGGCUGGAAGAAGCGGUUAUCGAGAAACGAGGCGCAAAACGAGGUUCUCGGGCGAAUUCUACGCCGGCUAGUGCGAGCAGAGGCAUACCUGACACUGACAUAUGUGCGGUCGGAAGAAAACCCAGCCGACGGGCCAUCGAGGGGGCUAGAGCCGCCCGGAUACACUCAGAGGAAGCUGGGGAGAUUCCCAAGGUCAUUGGUCAGUUAUGUACGAAGAGCCUAG